AUGUCACUUCAUCUGAAACUCCGCCCCAAUGUGGGACUCGUUGGAUUCCCAAAUGCUGGCAAAUCGACUUUGAUGAAAGCGAUUGUGCCACGGAAAAGCAUUAAAAUUGCACCUUACCCUUUCACUACGACCAAACCACAACUGGCAUUCUGGACUGCAGAGAAGGGGAGAAAAGGCAUAGAAGACGACUUCACAUUAUCUCUUGCCGAUUUACCAGGAUUAAUAGAAGGAGCAGCUCAGAAUCGUGGAAAAGGACAUAAAUUCCUUAAACACCUGGAAUACUCGGAUAUUCUGCUGUUAGUGGUGGAUUGUAUGGGAUUCCAACUUUCCAACAACUUAAAUGAACCUUUCAGGUGA